AUGGAUGCCCCAUACGAUGGAGCUGAGAUAACAUUAGUAACAGAAGAGAUUGAAGGCUGCUACAGCUACGCUAAAAGUUUCCAGCCCAAAAAGAAAAAGAAAUGGAAAGAUCAAAGUGAUGAUGGAACUAAGAAAGGCAAGAAGCCCAGACCAGCUUAUUUGCUCUACUAUUAUGACACCCAUUUAAAAGUACAGCAAGACUUUCCUAACUUACCACGGAGUGAGAUAAACAAGAAAAUCAGUGAAAGCUGGCGGCGUCUCAGUGUUGCAGAGAAGAGUAUUUAUCUUGAAAAGGCAAAACUGGAAAAAGAAGGAAUAGAUCCGAACGAUAAGUUGAUAAGUGCAUCAGCUGCUGUCCCUCCUGCCGAUAUUCCAGGAUUCCGCAAGAUACUUCCCCGUUCCAACUACAUCAUAAUUCCUACCUCCAAUUUACCGGGCGACAGAAAUGGUCGGCAGCUUGCGCAGUCUCCCACUCCGCGGGGAGGCGAUGGGAAUUCCGUCUGGCAGACCAUCACCCACGACUCGAUACAGAGUCUCUUUACUGUCAGCGGCACGCUUGCAGACGCUUGCCAUGUGGAGAACACAGAGGAGAGCAUUGCCAUCGACGGAAUCACCGACGAGACCACCUUCGUUCACACGGAAACGAUGCAGGAGAUGCUGACUCAGUUCUCUAAUUCUGGAGACGAUAAACUGGCAGCAGAACUUGGCGGCAGCAAGACCUCUUUGGAAUUAACUCAUCCCUAUGACUCGCCUUGUGUUGUCAUUGAAGGAACACUGAUAAGUACAAGUGACAAUGUGCCAGAAUGUGUAACUAGCUGCAGUGAGCAGCAGGCAGCAGAGACUACUCCUGUCAUAGCUGUGUUGUCCAACCCGAGCAAGCUGGCUGCCAGCCUCACCAGCCACUGUGCUGUCGAACAAACUAUUGGUAUUAGCAGCAAACAGUCCAUCUUUGCCCAGAAGACAACGUACACACGAAGAGGCCGUGGGACUUGUCCACAUCCAAACUGUUUGUUUACAUACGUCACCAGGCACAAACCUCCACAGUGCCCCAGUUGUGGCAAGUGGCUGGGAGGGAAAUGGAUUCCAAAGGGUAAACAGCCGCAGGUGCUAAACGUACAUGUGGAAUGCAAUCAACAGAAGCACAGCAAGGAAAGAGCGGAUGUGACUGUUUGUACAAAGGACACAGUGCAGUCGAGUCUGGAGAGUUCGCAGGCCGUGACACAGCUUCUAAAUGUAGCUUCAGACCAUCACCGGGAUGAGGAGCAGCAAUCGAUGCGGGCUAGUUGGCAGCAGACCAUGCACCUUGAGCCCAGAGACUCGGGGCCACCAGUGGCCACAGUACAGAACGCUGGCAUGCCACAUCCACUGGGGCUGUGUAACACACCAUUAACUGCUGAGGACAGAGUGGUGGAGGCACGUUCUGAAGAUGGUAUGAAGGAGGUGGGCGCUGGAAACCACCAAACAACAAAUGAAAAUAACGCUACAAUUAAUAAUUCCCAUGGAGUUAAGACUACAAGACCAGCAUCAAGUGUUUCUCGACAAGAGUUACAAGCGCGGCGAAGAUGUAAAGCCAGGGGGCGAGUGAAGUCUGCCUUGCCGAUUGGAACGGGCCGGUCACGACCCCCUCGUGUCAUCCUGCCAGCCACUCCGUCCGCUGCAGCUGCUCAGUCGGGAGUCACCUACAUCCGAGUGGUCACAGUGCCCGUCAGUCAGGCAGAGACGACAGAAUCCUCUGCACCUUCAGCAAGCAAUGGAAGUACAGUUGGAAGUUCCUGCACAAAGAGCUUGAGUUCUGCACCCCCCUCAGGCCUGAAGCCCAGCACCUUAAAGCAACUGGGGCACUCGGUAUUGCACCCCAACUAUGCAGACGGAGACGAGCAGGCAGAAUUGAAAGUUUCUGCAGAGAGUGGCUCACCGCAAGCCAGUGCGGUUUCUGUUCGUACUGUGUGUCUGACUCUUCCCAAAACCAGCAAAGCCAGUGCCUUUGACCUGGGUUUGGCGACUUGCAGAGGGAAAGGGCGAUGUAAGAAUCCCAAAUGUACAUACGUGUACAUGAAUAGGUACAAGCCAGGAAUUUGUCCCGACUGUGGCUAUGACUUCACAAGAGACAAACAGGAUAUCAAGCCAUCAAAACCUAUUAUAAACAAUAGCCUCUCCUUGGGGCUGCUGAGUCCAGAGGAAGGGCUAACGCAGGCAUCAAAGGACUUACAGCGUCAGACAACGCUGCUUCUGCUCAGGAGAACCGUCCAAAUACCAGAGAAUGAGGCUGAACUGCACGAAAUCUUUAGUUUAAUUCAGGAACUCAACAGCUCGCGAUUGGUCUUGUCGGCUGUGAAUGAAACCAUCACGUUGGAACAUAACUCGUGGCCCAACUACUAUGAGGCUUCAGCCACCGUCUGUGGCCUGUGUGAGAGCCAGCUAUUCAAGGGUGGACACAAUUCAUCUGCGAGCCCUGAGGAGUGCUGGCUGCUGACAGAAAGCCAGUUCCAGGUAGUUAUAGUCCAGACCAAAGUCUGCAUGAAUCCACACUGCCUCGCACUGCAUAACUUCACCGACAUCAACUCAGGUUUAUUUAACAUUGGAAACAAGCUUUUGGUCAGUUUAGACUUGCUGUUCAAAAUCCGGAAUUGUAUUAAGCUUGGAGAAGAUCCCAGAGCUGUAACCACCCUGAUAUUGGACUCUGUUCAAAAAAUCACAGAGAAAACCUUGUCGGAGGAGCAGCUGAAUCAGCUCCGAGAGCUGGUGUGGAGUGGAUAUUGGGCGUUUGAGUCUCUGACCAUUCGCGAUUAUAAUGACAUGAUAUGUGGUAUCUGUGGAAUAGCAGCCAAGCUGGAAGUAGCGCAAAGAAACUCUGCCAAUGUUCUAGCACUAAAGAAUGUUGAGUUCACCUGGCCUGAUUUCCUCACCUCGGAUGAAGUUAACGUGGAGGAUUUCUGGUCCACCAUGGAGAACGAAGCCAUCGAGCAGGCGGUCUUCCCAUCCAGCAUUCCCAUCACGAAAUUCGAUGCCUCCAUAAUUGCUCCAUUCAUCCCGCCCCUCCUGAGAGGGCCUGUGGUGGUUAAUAGUGAGAAAGACAAGAACCCACAGCCACUGCCAGUUGCUGGAAAUCCAAGAAUGUUGGUAAGACUGUUGCAAGAUGAUGUUUUCAAGCCAGAGGAACUCAACUCCUACAGUGAAUCUGAACUGAGGAACUUGCUAACAUUGUGUAGCAUUCCUGUUCAUCCAGAUGACUCCAAGAGGCUUCCAGAUCUACAGAGUUCCUCCAGAACUUAGUGUUGUGCUGAAGGUUCCAGCAUGUGCUGUCUCCAGUAAUUAGCAAGAAUGGACUUCAUCUGCCUUUGUAGACAGAAGAUACCCGGGCAAUCUAGUGGCUAGACGCCAAUGCUUACCUGGUGGAACCUUCAGAAGCAAGUUUUCAAUAUUACAUCUGAGAUGCUGUCUAGUCCGACAGCCCUUUUGCAUGUAGUACUUGCAACCAUUUCUGGAUGUCAUUUGAUAUGAAUGAUAUUGCCUGAAGUCUUGAGUUUUGUCAGGAAGCUGAGAUAGAUGGUGCAGUCACCAUUUCUGACUGAGUAUGUGGCCAAUACUCCAUCUAUAACUGUCCAUCUUUGAGGAUAGGAACACACGAGAACAUUCACAGCAGAAAUAGGCCAUUCAGCCACUUGAGCCUGCUCCACCAUUCAAUAAUAUCAUGGCUGUGUUACUUCAAUGCCAAUUUCCUGCCCUAUCUCUAUAUCUGUUGAUUCCUCCAAUAUCCAGAUAGUUUUCAUUCAGUGACUGAGAUCCACAGCAAUCUGUGGAUAAUUCACAAAGUCUCACCAGCCUGUGAGUGAAGACAUUUCUCUUCAAUUGUCCUACCUCUUAUUCUUAGCCUGAGUAAACAUUGUAUACAUCUCUAACCUAUCAACGUCUCUUAAGGAUUUUGAAAAUAAAGGAAUUACAGAUGGUGGUAAUUUGAAAUUGUCAGGUCAGGCAGUGGAGGUCAGAGAGCUUUCAACGGAUGAGAGGUCUUUGCCCUGCAUCAUUCACUCUGUCUCUAUUUGCACAGAUGUUGCCUUGCCUUGUAAAAAUGUUAUUCUUUUCAAUUAAAUCACAUUGCAUUCUUCUAAA